GCCAACCAAACGACCCAAGAAGAGUUUGGGACAAGAGGAGAGAAAGAGCGAGGAUAAAUAUCAGUGUUGCAUUUGCCAGAUGGAGAGAACUUCGUGACAAACUUCAACUAGAAAGAGAUGCUGAUCUUGCUCAUGUUUUACUCAACAGUUUUAAGGUCCUAAUAUACAAGAUCUCAAGAUGGAUAUCCGAGGGGCAGUUGACGCUGCCGUCCCCACCAAUAUCAUCGCUGCCAAGGCCGCAGAGGUCCGAGCAAACAAGGUCAACUGGCAGUCCUACCUCCAGGGCCAAAUGAUCUCAGCUGAGGACUGCGAGUUCAUCAAGAAGUUUGAGAUUGCCGGGUCUGAGGACAAGCAAGCAAUUCUGACAAAAGAUGGACAUCAGUGUGCAAAAACCUUCCUCAACCUUAUGGCUCAUAUAUCUAAAGAGCAAACAGUUCAGUACAUCCUGACCCUAAUUGAUGACACACUGCAGGAAAAUCACCAGAGAGUGAAUAUCUUCUUUGAUUAUGCCAAGAAGACUAAGAAUUCAGCCUGGUCUUAUUUCCUCCCAAUGCUGAACCGUCAAGACCUCUUUACUGUUCAUAUGGCUGGACGCAUCAUAGCCAAGCUGGCUGCCUGGGGACGUGACCUGAUGGAGGGCAGUGACCUGAACUACUACUUCAACUGGAUUAAGACCCAGCUCAGCUCUCAGAAACUACAUGGUACAGGUGCUGAACCUGGAACAGGGACCAUCUCCCCCAGUGAAAGCUCCCAGUACGUUCAGUGCGUCGCUGGUUGCCUGCAGCUCAUGCUGAAAGUGAAUGAAUACAGAUUCGCCUGGGUGGAGGCCGACGGAGUGAACUGCAUCACAGCAGUGUUGAGCAAUAAGUGUGGCUUCCAGCUGCAGUAUCAGAUGAUCUUCUGCGUGUGGCUUCUGGCAUUCAGUCCGCAACUCUGCGAACAGCUGCGGCGCUAUAACGUGGUACCGGCACUCUCCGACAUCCUCCAAGAGUCUGUCAAAGAGAAGGUCACUCGCAUAAUCCUGGCUGCUUUCAGGAAUCUGCUGGAGAAGUCCGCUGAGAGAGAGACCCGUCAGGAGUACGCUCUUGCCAUGAUCCAGUGCAAAGUGCUCAAACAGCUGGAGAACCUGGACCAGCAGAAAUAUGAUGAUGAGGACAUCACUGAUGACAUUAAGUUCCUCCUGGAAAGACUGGGAGAGAGCGUUCAGGACCUCAGUUCUUUUGAUGAGUACAGCUCUGAGCUGAAGUCUGGCCGUCUGGAGUGGAGUCCAGUGCACAAAUCAGAGAAGUUCUGGAGGGAAAACGCAGUUCGUCUGAAUGAGAAGAACUACGAGCUGCUGAAGAUACUGACCAGGUUGUUGGAAGUGUCUGACGACCCUCAGGUUAUUGCCGUUGCAGCUCACGAUGUGGGGGAAUACGUGAGACAUUACCCUCGCGGCAAGAGGGUGAUCGAACAGCUGGGUGGUAAACAACUAGUGAUGAACCACAUGCAUCAUGAAGACCAGCUUGUCCGCUAUAAUGCCCUGCUGGCUGUUCAGAAGCUCAUGGUGCAUAACUGGGAGUAUCUGGGGAAGCAGUUGCAGUCCAGCGAGCAGUCGACUCCAGCUGUAGCUGCCCGAAGCUGAACUGCUCCUGUGCUUGUGUGUGAGCCAGUCUGUCUGAUCCUGUGUUCUUGGUCUGAAUGUAAAUCUGUGCUAUAGAGAAUCAAAAGAGGAGUUGAUGUACUGAACCAUAAAUUUAUGAUUUAAUACUUCUUUGUUGUGCUCUAUGUCUUUGUGUAAAGUUGUGCGUCAUUACAAAAAAAUCACAUUAAGAGAUUGGAACAGUUCACAGAGUUAUAUUAUAAAGCAAUAAGCACCAAGAAGCCGUGGUUUACAGUGAAUUUAUAACAGCUAAGGGGCGUUGUUAGCCUUAAAACCACUGCUUCACCAGGCUUAUUGCUUUGAUAAAACAGUUAUUCCAUAUAUGUAGUAAGGUUGCACGGAAUAAAACGGCAAAUAAAAUGUAACCGUAUAAAUAAAAACAGUAUUCGUCCACCAAACGAUGUAGUUCUUCAGAAACAGCUGUGGAAAAGACUAUAGAAUACCCAAGACAUGUCACUCGUAUAGUUUUGAAGGGGAAUAUUGCCGCUUAAUUGCAGGAAGCCCCGCCUUCUGAAUGAAAGAGCCAAUCGCUGAUCAGUAAAGUCAGCGCAUCACUGCAGCUGCCGUUAGAAGUCCUGGUUGCUAUAGAAACUGUAAGCACUCUGAUGCUCUUUGGACUGCGCAUGCGCACAUACUGAUCUACCUUGAGAAAUAAGUUUUUUAUAACGCUAUUUGAGGAAAAGUAACAACAUUUAUGACAGUUGUUGUCAGAUUUCUUUUUUGAUUUAAAUAUGACAUUUAAUCGUAAGCUUAGUGAACAAUUUUGGAGAAUUUGAUGUUUCCCCAUUCAAUGAGAUAGGAGUUGCACUUUGAUGCCCAAGAGGUGUUUCAGAGAUGUUAUUUACAACAGCUCAACCAAUCAGAGUCAAGGACCAGAACUGUUUUAUAAUAUGUUAUUUAUGUCUUUGAUGUAAAACAAUAUGAGUAUGCAUUAAAUAAAUUCUACCAUAACAAA